AUGGACCAAACAGUUUAUGAAACCUUAACCCGAGUCCUUUCCACGGACCCAAACCUUCGAGUUUCUGCAGAGAUAAGGCUUAAAGAUUUAGAAAAGUUACCAGCCCUUAAUUUGAAGAAAUACGUGGCUUCACAUUGGUCACCUAAAGCGGAACAAUUCACCGAACCUGAGCCAGAUGAGAAGACAAAAUCCAUAGUCAGAGAAAUGAUUUUCAAUGGUCUUUCGGACCCUAUUAGCAAAAUCCGUGUAGUUUCGGCUUAUGUUGUCUCAAGAAUUGCACAAAAUGAUUGGCCUGAUGCAUGGCCAAAUCUCAUGAAUCUAUUAAUAAGUUUGUUGAAGACAGGUUCACCUAACCAUGUUCAUGGUGCUAUGAGAGUACUUACGGAAUUUGUGGAUCAGGAAGUAACAGAAAAUCAAUUCUCACAGAUUGCGCCUAUAAUGUUUCCAGAACUUUUCAGAAUCCUUCACUCUGAUGAGUUAUACUCGUUUAAAACUCGUGCACGUGCUGUUGCAAUUUUCAAACAUUGUCUCGAAAUAUUAGUUAUGCUUAAGGAAGAACAUCCAGAAGCGACGGAAUCUUUUAUUACUCCAAUUCUUCCUCAGUGGUUACAGCUUUUUGUUAAUAUAUUAAAAAAGCGAACAGCAGGCGAUGAAAAACUUGAAUAUGAAGAAUAUGGUUUGAAACUAGAAAUCACAAAGUGCGUAAAUUUCUCAACACAUAAUUAUCCGAAGUUGGUUUCUCCACAUCUGAUUUCAUUACUGGAAGCAAUAUGGACUGAUUUGAGCAAAUACGUGCGCCAAUUAAGUGAUUCAACGGAUUACUACGAAUCCGACGGAGAACCAAUAGGAUUUGAGCAUCUUCUCUAUGCUCAAUUUGAAUUCAUCGGACUAUGUAUUCGUAAAAAAACGACCCAAACCAUUUUUAUUGGGAAUAAUGGCGAAGCAACAUUAUUAAAAGAAAUUAUAUGGAUUAUUAUUUCGUAUAUGCAAAUGACUCAAGAUCAGGUAGAGACUUGGCUAAAUGAUUCGAACCAAUUUGUCGAGGAGGAUGACGAAGAUACAAUUAAGUUUACGAUUAGAGUUUCAGCUGAAGAAUUAUUACAGAUAUUACUUGACAAAUUUCCUGAGCUAGCAUUUCAGGCUCUACAAGAAGCGACUCAAAAGCAUAUCGAGGCAUCCCAUAAGGCUCGGGUUGCUGGUGAUCCUGCAUGGUGGAAAAUUCAGGAGGCUUGUUUAAAGGCGAUCGGAUUUAUAUCUGAAGAAUUGAUAACCGCUGUUCAAGAAAAAGAUAACAAAGUCAAUUUCGAUAUAGCUGGUUUAUUUAACAAUGUUGUUCUAGCUCUUUUGUCAAUGAAUGAGCAACCUUUUCUUCAAGGACGCGCAUUUGUCUUCAUUAGUCAAUUCGCCUCUAUAUUACCUGUCGAACAUGCUUCCAACUAUAUAGAAGCCACGGUAACCGCUCUUCAACAGAAUGGUGCAAUUCCCCUCCAAGUUUCAGCCUUGAAAGCACUUCAAAAUUUCUGUCGCCACAUGAAACGUCAAUAUGUGGCGCCAUAUCAGGGGAAGAUCAUUGAAUGCGUUACAAGUUUAUUGAAAUCCACCUCUGAAGACACGCUCAUCUUAUCUUUGGAGACACUUGAGGCUUCUGUCAAAAUUGACAAUGAGAAAACAGCCCAAUACGAGCAUAUUAUCGGUCCUUUGAUCAUUGAAGUUUGGUCAAGUCAUGCAAAUGCCACUAUCGUAGAUUUGUUUGAGUUAUUAGCUAGUAAUCAAACCAUGAAUAUUAGUUUUCAGGCUAGGGCUUUGCCAUCUCUUGCUAACGCUAUCACCAAUCCUGCAAAUCCUGAUUUAACUGCUUCAGCUAUUGAUCUGAUUAAAACUUUAGUAAAGGCUAGUUCAUCCCCCUUACCAGACGGCUAUAUUCAGCACAUUUUCCCCCCUCUAAUGCAUUUAUUACUGACAACCGAAGAUCGUGAUAUCUUACAGGCAAAAUGGAGAAGAAUGCCUCAAAUUCUUCGUCAUGAAAGAUUGCAUGAAGCUUGCUCAGUGACAGGGCUUGAUUAUAUAAUUGAGCUUAUUGCAAAAUUACUUCAACCAUCUGAAAGCGAAUCAGCUGCAUUAUUUCUUGGCGAAUUGAUUAUAAAACUCAUUCAAAAGGCCGGUGACUUAAUAUUAGCUGUGCUUCCAGAUUUAUUGAAAGCCGUGGCAACUAGAUUAGAAACAGCACAAACGCCAACUUUUAUACAG